AUGUCCGACAAGAAAAAAAAGAUUCAAAAACGGCAAGCAACUCGAUCAUCUUCACGAAUCACUGCCAAAAAGAAGCGCGUCGAGGAAAAUCUAUCAUCAUCCAAACAAGAAAACAAACCGAUAUUAUCCACCAAAAAUUCCAAGAGUAAUGAUCUAAAUAAGAUAUAUGUUGAUCUCUGGCAAACAUUGAAUGAUAAAUUAUCAUCAUUUUCACGUUAUCAAAACAAUAAUCCUGGUGCGAGUGACGAUGAUAUUAAACAAUUUGAACAACGUCAUCGAAUUCAAUUACCAGAUGAUGUCAAACAAGCCAUACGUGUUCAUAAUGGUCGCAACAAGAUUGGUUAUGGACUUUGUUUGCGUCUGGCAUCGACAGAUCUACUUCCACUGAGUCAAUGGAUUCCUUUUGAAGAACGUGAUUGGGCAUCUGAAUUAUUUGAAGAGUUAAAUGAUGACGGAUCAUGUGCUGUCAAAUCAUUGCAUGAUGAUGCUCGAAAUCAUUUGGCUGCCUACCGAAAGAACAAGGAUUUAAAAAAGAACAAAGCAUUUCAUAAAUUAUCAUCGGAAUUAAUUGUUAUUGGUCAAGGAAUGGAUGAUUAUUGUGAGGAAUAUAUAUUAAGUGUUCGAACAGGUCGAAUUUAUCUUCAAAUUCUCAAUAUACCUGAAUGGAAAUUGCAUACAGAAUCUAUGGCAGAAUGGUUAAAAUUGAGUUCAGAACUUGUCGAUAAGGAUUUGAAUCGUAUUAGAGAGUCUUACGAUGAUGAUUAG